GCUAUUCCCGAAUCCUCUAAUUCGUCUUGGGAAGCAGGAGGCGCAUCGGGCCUGCGCCUGGUUGUAGGCCCACCAUCCUUUCUGCUCAAAGGACCAAUCGCGCUCAAACUCGCCCUCUCCCCGUCGACCCAGCAGGUCGAGUGGACAUGGGUUCGCAGUAGCUUUACAACCAUACCCCCUCAGCUCCAGGUCGCUCUCAUAGGGCCAGGCGUUGCUGUUCCUCUUGCAAAUUUCACUGCAACAGAUGUCAACCUCACCGUAUCUGGUGGGAAUUUCACGACAAGUCCUGAAGGGAACUUCACCUUCACUCCUCAAAACGCUUCAGUUUUGUUUGGGCGAGUUACGGGAAAGUAUUUUGGAGAAGACGUGGACCUGAAGAAUGUCAACGUGGACAUCCCCAGCAAUCAAAUCACAAAUGUCGCCGGUCAGAUGUCUGCAACUAAUACUUCUCUUCUGCUGAUGGCUGAUUCAGACCCUAUUGUCAGAAUCAG